AUGAAGGCUACUACAAUUCUCGGUCUUUUUGUUGCCUAUGCAGCUAGUGCUAGUGCGAUUCCAGUCCAACAAAGAAAUAAUCAAGUUGACAUCACCUUCAUUGGCGCCGCCGAUGCACAGUUCACUCAAAGUAUCCCUACGGACGGGUCUGUUGUCUCAAUUGAAAACCCAUUGAGUAUCUCGCACAUAUCGUCCAACACUGCCGGGGUCCAGUGUACCUUUAACGGCAUUGAUCAUAGCGUGACGGUCGUUAAUGGAGUCCAAUGGGUCGAUGUUGGCCCCCCGCAGACCCAGGUAACUGGAUCUUGCCAGGUGCAGGGAUCGGGUCAAGUGCAUGUCACUUUCAUUGGAGCUGCCGAUGCUCAGUUUACCCAGAGUUUCCCGUCCAACGGUGAAUGGAUUCAAAUCGUGAAUUCUCUGAGCAUUUCCCACAUCCAAACCAGCACUGAGGGCAUCACCUGCGUUUUCAACGGCAUUGACCACAGUGUCACUACUGUCGUUGGUGCCCAGUUGGUCGAUGUCGGACCCCCUCAAACCCAGGUCUCGGGUUCCUGCGCAUGA